AAUACCCAGCUUGAACGUUGGACAAGAGGGUUAGUUUAUUUCUUGCUACACCAUUGCAUGGAAUAUUUCUAACUAUAGUGGACUGGAAAGUCGAUGCAGAAGUAGUAUUAUUUCGUUGUGGAGUGAAGUUUAUGAAAACGCAACAUCAUGUCAUCGUCUUUAAGUCGUAGGGAAAGUUUCGCCAUUUUGGAUCUACCAUCGAAUGCUAGUCAAGAUGAAAUUCGACAGGCCUACCGGACGAAGGCUAUGGACAACCAUCCGGAUAAAAACCCGGACGAUCCGCUAGCAACACAGCGGUUCCAGCGGAUCAGUCAGGCAUAUCGUGUACUAGCUGAAGGUACUAACAGGUACGAUGAGGACAGUGAUGGUGAAAGUGAUGAGGAAUACGGCGGCGGAUUAGGCUACAUGUUUUUUUUCAGGAUGUUUGCAGAUAUACUAAGAAGGGAAGAAGAAGCCAGGAGGAUGAGACAUCAAUCCUUGGAGGAAAUCUUGUUGGAAGAGUUGUUUGGACGGCAGUUCUACGACCCUUGGCAGCAACCGCCUCAUCGACGACGUGAGACAUGGAGUCCACCACGCCGGACCACACAGCCAACAUGGGGGAGGCCUUCCUCACAAAGUAGCAGGACUUCUGAACACAGUAGCAGGACUUCCCAACCAACUGGAAGAACUUCGCAACAAACGUGGCGGACUUCCCAACAAACUGGAAGAACUUCCCAACAAACCCGGGGAAGGACCUCCAAACCAACCUCUGGAUGGCCUACCCAAACAAAUGGACGAACUUCCCAACAAGACAGCUGUAAGAGUUCCCAACAAAAAACACAGAGGUCUACACCACUAACCAGGAAAAACAAAUCACGAGCAGGCAAGGAGAAUGAAACCCCGCAGGGGAACGACAAAGGCAGACACUCUUCCGCUGAGAACACAUACACACCGUUCAAAAACCCACAGGAAAAAGACUGUCAAGAUUCUGACGACGAGGGCAGCAAACACAAACCGUCUUCAGAGUCACCCAGUGAGGAUUGUGCCCAUACAGAGCCAAGUUACCCAGUGGGUGGCGACCCAGAAUGGGAUCAAACAACUGACCCUUCUGAGAGUGAAGUGAGCACAGCAGGAUCAGAAACUAACUCCAAUCAGAAUCAGAGAUCUACAAGCUCCUUCAAACACAGAACUACAUUUGAAACAUAUAAGCCGAAGAAGUUGUCAAAGAGACAGUUAUUGGCCCAGCAUAAGAGACGAGCAAGAGAGGCAGCGGAAAUAGGACAAGAAGUCCGCAAGAAAACAGAACUGAUCUCAAACGACCAGAAAUCAAGCUGAGACCGAAAUCACACUAAGAAUGUAAUAGUACAAAUAAAAUGAAGUUUAUAAAUAUCUCAAAUAACAAAGUCAUACAUCCCCCCAAAAAACCAAACAAUUAAUACCCAGAACAAAGUAGCAAUAGCCAAAUAUUGAUAAACACAUUGAUCUUAUACAAAUCCUGCGAUAUUAUUAUUUGGGUUUUAUGAAAAAAGGGUUUAAGAGGAAAAAAAUCAAACAUUAAAAGUUAGGGUAUAAGGUAUACUUUAAUUACCGUAAGUUCAUAAGGCGACCUCUAUCGGUUAACAUGAUUGCCAUCUCCUUACCAAAUUGUUUUCACAUCUAU